UUCAACGGUAGUUUUGAAAAUACGAGCUACGCUUUAUUGAUCAGUGGGUCGGUAUCAUAUUUCAAACUCGUGUUUUUUUAUUUGUUAUGACAAGCUUAUUUUCACUAUUGGCUUUAUAAGUUGUUGCAAUAGCUAAUGAAUGUUUUUAUUUAGGUGACAAGUCAACUGGCAGAUCAGGCGUGACCAGUUUUAAGUAAUAUUUUCAUAUUGACAAUCAGUUAGUAGGGCAAUAUUGAUGGUUUUGAGCACUGGCUCAAAUAAAGCAUUAGUUUCUAACUGUGGCCCUAAACGGUUACCGAAUUAGAUUUAGUGACAUUUCAUAAAAUACUGAAAACAGACCGAAAUUUGUCACAUGUUUAUCAAUGAAUGACUUCCUGGCAUCGAGUCACCGGUGUAGCAAGAUCUUAGCCUGCGCAAGUUCAGAAAACUAGCAAACACCCUGUGUUUGGAAAUCCAACGAAAUGGUAAGCUUUCGCAGUAGAGUUUUAGGUGGUUUGGCAAAGAUUGUCAGUCAUCUACCCGUCGUUUUAAACACGGUGCUUGUUUUCUCAAUUACUGCGGAAGUUAGCUAUCUGGUCUUGGUGGAGGCCCCCCUCGAACCAGACCAGAAGAAAACUGACUGGUCUACCAAAUGGAAAGCGCUACACCUCUUCGCUCAAUACUUCAUGUUGAUAAACAUAACUUGGAACGCCUUAUUAUUUUUGAGAACUAAUCCCAGUAUUCGUGGAGUGUUUCUUGGCGGAGACGUUUUGGGUCAGGGUUGGAGGUACUGCUACACCUGUGAGACGCAUACGCCUCCACGAUGCUCACAUUGUUAUGACUGUAACGUGUGUGUGCUGCGCCGCGACCACCACUGUGUGUUCUUCGGCCAGUGCGUGGGAUUCCGAAAUUACCGGUAUUUUCUCAGCUGCCUGCUCUUCAUGUGGGCUGGCUUGCUCUACGCUGUGGUGAUGAAUGCAGAGGUCUUCAUCGUCAUCUUGAAGGAAGGGGUCACUCUGCACAGUGUCCUGCUGCUCUUGGUGCCCUGGAUUAUGUUGGUCUCUGGUCAGGUCACAGCCCGGGCCUUCGCUUUCGCAUUCAUUGCUGACACCUGUGUCGUGGGAUUCUUGCUAGUGAUGGCUUUUCUGUUUUUCCACAUUACGCUGAUGGUAAGAGGGCAGACCACGCGCGAGUGGUACUCAACUCGUCGACCCUACAACCUAGGUGUCCUGGCCAACAUCAGAGAGUGCCUGGGUCAAUGCUGGUAUAUUUGCUGGCUUUGCCCUCUCAUCCCAUCCCCAUUACCUGGAGAUGGCAUCCACUUUAAAGUCACGGGUUCAUUAGAGCCCGCACAGUAGUCGUGGUGCAUGAUCUCCCUUGAUAACCUGAGGAAAUGGUGCUGUAAUAUAUCCCAGUUGAAAAUUUAGGGGUUUUGAAGUUGUAGCACUAACCACAGCAUUACUCAUACCACUUCAACCAGCUUAAGGGUAUUUGUUAAUCAUGUAUUUCUCUUAAGAACCAGCAAGAGAAGGCCAGCAUUGAUAUAUUAUGUAGUUUCUUAAUGGGUCAAUUGACCUGUGUCGCUGCAAACAUGAAAGAGUUGAGGGAUUCGUAACUAUGUUUCUCUGAGCUGAAUUUUAGAUUGUCUUUAUUGGGUUGUCUUGAUUGGUGUAGUGUUUCAUGGGAAUGUGUUUUUGAUUUUAAUUCCACAAAGAACCUAUGUAUUUUCCUAUGUUAUUUCUCACGAAUAUAUUGUUUUCUUUUAAAAUACUACUUUAUCUUUAAUUGUCUUAGACAUGGAUUACUCUACUAUUCUGUAAUGCUGCUUGCAAGAAUCUGAAUGUAUGUAGUUGUCUGUUUUUGUUUUUUAUUUUGACAGUCAUGGAAGUGCCAAAUGAA